AAUAGCUCUAAGAUGCCACUUUUUACAUUUAUUGUGGAAGAUGGCCAUGGCUGCAGCAUUCCUGUUGCACAUUUCUUCGUGGCUGGUGAAUGCUGUGAAACUUUAGAACAUGGGUUCACUGCUUUGCAGAAAUCAGUUGAUAAGGAAACGCUUGAGAAAAACCAUGUGUUCUUAGUCGACAAGGAUUUUUCCGAAAUUGCACUCAUAAAGAAAUUCUUCCCAAAAUCAAAAAUUCACCUCUGUCUGUUCCACGUCAUGAAGACCUUCAAAAAGGAGACUGCUUCAUUUUCCAAGAGAACAAAUAAGAAAAGCAAUGAAGUCUUCGAAUUACUUGAAAAAAUUGUAUAUUCCAGUACUGAAGCGCUGUACAAUAAAUAUUAUGAACAAUUGAAAGGACUUGCCACAAGUCAGUUCUUACAGUAUUACACAAAAAACUGGCAUAAUUGUCGGCACAUGUGGGUGUCAGCUUGGAGAAAACAAUGCAUAACGAUGGGCAACCGAACAACAAACAGGCUGGAGUCAUUUCAUCAGAAACUCAAAGCCACCAUGAAGUCCUCCAACUCAUUGGCUAAAUGCGUGGAAGUUUUGGUUCGUUUUAGUAGGCAGAAGGAACUUGAUAGCCUUCUUGUCGCACUCUGCCAUCUCAUACUGUUCCACCAAGGAUACUGAAACCUCAAAACAUAUUUAU